AUGGUGCACUGUGCUGGCUGUGAGAGGCCUAUUUUAGAUAGGUUCCUCCUAAAUGUGCUGGACAGAGCCUGGCACAUCAAGUGCGUCCAAUGUUGUGAAUGCAAGUGCAACUUGACUGAAAAAUGCUUUUCAAGAGAAGGGAAGCUUUAUUGUAAAAACGAUUUCUUCAGGCGGUUUGGUACGAAAUGUGCGGGAUGUUGUCAAGGUAUCUCUCCUAGUGAUCUCGUAAGAAAAGCAAGAAACAAAGUCUUUCACUUAAACUGCUUUACAUGUAUGGUUUGUAAUAAACAACUGUCGACUGGAGAGGAACUAUAUAUUAUCGAUGAAAACAAAUUUGUGUGCAAAGAAGACUAUUUGAGCACCAACAGUUUAAAAGAUACCAACUUAAAUUCAGUAUCUUCGUGUACAGAUCGGAGUUUAUCGCCUGAUAUCCAAGACCAGAAUCUGGAUGAUACAAAGGAAACGGACAAUUCCACCUCGUCAGACAAAGAGACGCAGAAUAAUGAGAACGAGGAGCAGAGCAUGGGUACCAAGCGGAGAGGACCCCGAACCACCAUUAAAGCAAAGCAGUUAGAAACAUUAAAGGCCGCUUUCGCCGCUACCCCGAAGCCCACCCGACACAUCAGGGAGCAACUUGCUCAGGAAACAGGCCUCAACAUGCGGGUUAUUCAGGUCUGGUUUCAGAACAGAAGAUCUAAAGAGAGGCGGAUGAAGCAGUUGAGUGCUCUGGGUGCACGGCGGCACGCUUUCUUCCGAAGUCCCAGGCGCAUGCGUCCUUUGGGAGGGCGCCUGGACGAAUCGGAAAUGAUGGGCUCUGCUCCCUACAAUUACUAUGGAGAUUAUCAGGGCGACUACUACGGCCCAGCUGCGAAUUAUGACUUUUUCCCGCACGGUCCACCAUCCUCUCAAGCACACUCGCCGGCGGAUUCCGGCUACAUGCAGUCCUCAGGACCUGGGGGGACCUCACUCGGAGUACUUGAACCUCCCUUAUCCGGCCACCAUCCUCCCACUAUCGGUGGCAGCGAAAACCAAAGGUAUACGGACAUGAUUUCCCACCCUGACACCCCGAGCCCCGAGCCAGGUAUGACCGGGCCGCUGCACCCGAUCCCGGGCGAAGUGUUCAGCGGAGGACCCAGCCCGCCCUUCUCCAUGUCCAGCAACAGUGGCUACAGCGGGCCGCUCUCACAUCCGAGUCAGGAGCUGAAUGAGACGGCGGUCUGGUGA